ACUCACUCUCAGGCCAUCUGAGUUUAUUUCUUUAUUGGAAUGGAUUUAGAUAAAUUGAGCAUUACAUAACUUAAAUAACAUAAGACUAUCCACUGUUAGCCUCUCAUUUCAAAAUCUGCCAAUGUAUUCAUUUAAAACUGUUGGACAGUUGUAAAGUGUGCUUGAUCUGUGCAUAUUUUUCUCCUGAUUCAGACAAUACAACUUUUUCACUGGAGAAAUUAAUAUUAUGGACAGAGGAGUUGUAUUUCAGCUAGAAGCAAUGGUUUGAAGUCAAAAAUGUCUUGAAGUUGUUUCUAGCAAACAGGCAGCUUUUCACUUCAAAAGAUUUAACUGAUGGACAGGAAAGGUGUGGAUUAUUGUGAUGUUUUUAUCAGCUGUUUGGACUCUCAUUCUGACGGCACCCAUUCACUGCAGAGGAUCCAUUGAUGUAAUGCUUAUGUUAUGUAAUGCUUAUUCUCAUAUGAAAAAACAAACUCAUGUAUAUCUCAGAUGACCUGGGGGUGAGUACUAUUCCUUUAACAUAUAAAGUGAAGUUUUCAGUAUUUUGUGUUCUGGUAAAACUUGAACUGGCAUUGUUUCUUAUCACAGAUGCUCAGUCAAAGCCACUACAGCUUGACGGAGGUUUCAGCUUGCUUGAAUUGCUGGGAAAAGCCUUCAGGAGCACCAGGAUUAGCUGUCCGGUCCUGUAGCUGCUCGAAUAGUUCAUCAUCAUCUGGUUGCAGUGAGUUGUCGAUAAACAAGAGCCUGCAAGCUCUUACAUAACAUGCAUGCAGGUUUAUGAAAGGGUGCGGACUGAGGUCACAGGGUUACUAUGGUGCAACACCUGAGCUAUCAUACAUCGUCACGACAACAGAGGAGGGUCCUUCCUGCACAGGUUACUCAAAAACAACUUCAUCCACCACUGAAAAGAGCUUGUUCACCAACACACAGAACUUCACUUCUCAGCUCUCAACGAGGUGCUCUGCAGCAGUAAUGCCCAGUAAACUGGAGGGAGCCAUGGAUGCGCUCAUCACCGUCUUUCACAACUACUCGGGGAGCGAGGGAGACAAAUACAAACUCAGUAAAGGAGAGCUGAAGGAACUUCUCAACAGCGAACUCACCGACUUCCUCACGUCUCAGAAGGACCCCCAUCUAGUGGAAAAGAUCAUGAACGAUCUGGACUCCAACAAGGAUAACGAGGUCGACUUUAACGAGUUUGUGGUGCUGGUGGCGGCGCUGACGGUUGCAUGCAAUGACUUCUUCCAGGAACAACAGAAGAAGAAAGGCAAAGAUGAAAAGAAAGGCAAAUGAAACAGAUGCAUGAAAGUAACUGCACGUGUAAUGCUCUAUGAUGCGUUAAACCGUUUGUUAUGAACCAGAGCACGUCCUUAUGCUAGCCGUUUACUGUCAAUCCUUGGUUUGUAUCAAAAGCAAACUUACCAAAAAAUAAUAAUUCAUUAUGUAUUUAAUUUGUUUAAAAUGACGUUUAUUUCUGAAAUGAUAGGAUGUACUUAUAAACUGAAAGCUGGACUUUAUCAUCAUAUAUCUGUAGAAUACAGUGGAUCUGAUAGUGUGUAUGUCUUCUGCUUCUAUGUUCGUCUCAUGUUUUUUUCAUUCAUUAAAUCAUAAAACCUAA